AGAAAAGAAGGGAGGCUUUUCCAAAUCCUUUACGAGAAAGCUCGUGCCAUUUUCCCAUGCUGUCCGUACUCUGUUUAAUAACGCGAUUGUGACCUGAGUGGAACUUAAGAGCGAUGAACUGUUGAAGCUUGUUGCACCACUGCAUCAGACUGUACAAGUUUUUACUGCUCCUUUUCUUCAGCACAUGAUUCCCCCAUCCCAGCUGUUGCAGGACCCAUGGGCCAGUAAUAGAGGGAUGGGAAGCUGAGACAGUUUAUUUUCACAUUCUUCUAUUGUGGGGACUUGGCCGGUUAGCUGGAGCUGCUGCUGCUUUUUACUGGAUCUGCUCUUUUCUUGGCAGAUUUAUUUGUUUUCAUGUGCACGGGGUGUUUCAAUUAAAUAGACAUUGGACUAGAGCUGAAUGGAUGCUUUGCGAUCCGAAAGGUUUUUGGGGACAGCAAAAGCCGACUGAAAACAGAGAAGAACUGGUACUGCAGGAAACCUGGGGCCUGUUUUCCAAGCCUUUUUAUUUUAUCGAGCAAGAUGAUGUGUGAGGUGAUGCCAACCAUCAGUGAGGCAGAGAUUCCCUCUGGGGGAAAUGGAGGCCAUGGUUCAGGUUCCCCGUUACAGUCAGAUGCUGAUUCCCAUUUUGAGCAAUUAAUGGUAUCCAUGUUGGAAGAAAGGGAUCGCCUUCUGGAGACACUAAGAGAAACUCAGGAGACACUAGCAUUGACCCAGGGCAAGCUACAUGAAGUUGGUCAUGAGAGAGAUUCCUUGCAGAGACAGCUUAAUACUGCACUGCCACAGGAAUUUGCAGCGCUUACAAAAGAGCUGAACGUAUGCAGGGAGCAGCUGCUGGAAAGGGAGGAAGAGAUCGCUGAACUGAAAGCAGAAAGAAAUAAUACCAGGCUUUUACUGGAACAUUUGGAGUGUCUUGUCUCCAGGCAUGAACGAUCUCUCAGAAUGACUGUUGUAAAGAGACAAGCUCAGUCUCCAGCAGGAGUUUCUAGUGAAGUAGAAGUUCUCAAAGCACUAAAAUCUUUAUUUGAGCACCAUAAAGCCCUUGAUGAAAAGGUAAGGGAGAGGUUACGAGUAGCACUUGAAAGAUGUAGCUUAUUGGAAGAAGAACUAGGUACUACACAUAAAGAGUUAAUGAUUCUGAAAGAGCAAAAUAAUCAGAAGAAAACACUUCCAGAUGGGAUGCUGGAUAUGAACCAUGAACAAGAAAAUACACCAACUACAAAUGGGAAGCGAUCCUCUGAUGGUUCUUUAUGCCAUGAUGAAAACCUUACUAAAGUGAUUGAACUCCAGGACAUCAUAGAUAAACAAAACAAAGAACAGACACAGAUGAAAGAACGUCUUACGUCUUUGUCUAGCAGAGUAACAGAGCUGGAAGAAGAUCUUGACACAGCUAGAAAAGACUUAAUAAAAUCUGAAGAAAUGAAUACGAAGUUACAGAGAGAUGUACGAGAGACUAUGGCCCAAAAGGAAGACAUGGAAGAGAGAAUCACAACUCUUGAGAAACGCUACCUCGCUGCACAACGUGAAGCUACAUCUGUGCAUGACCUCAAUGAUAAACUUGAAAAUGAAAUUGCCACUAAAGACUCUAUGCAUCGACAGAGUGAAGACAAGAACAGGCAGUUGCAAGAACGACUGGAACUGGCUGAGCAAAAGCUGCAGCAGACUUUGAGAAAAGCUGAAACUUUGCCAGAGGUGGAGGCUGAGCUGGCACAGAGAGUUGCAGCACUUUCAAAGUCUGACCUUUUGUCUCCUGGGAACUCUGCUGCUAAAGAUGCUAAAGUAUUGGAACUUACCACCAAGCUUAGGAAGGCUGAGGAGAGACAUGGCAAUAUAGAGGAACGACUGAGGCAGAUGGAAGCACAGCUAGAAGAAAAGAAUCAAGAACUGCAAAGGGCUAGACAGAGAGAGAAGAUGAAUGAAGAGCAUAAUAAACGUUUGUCAGAAACUGUUGAUAAACUUCUGUCUGAAUCUAAUGAAAGGCUCCAACUUCAUCUCAAGGAAAGGAUGGCUGCCUUGGAAGAUAAGAAUUCACUUCUCCGAGAAAUUGAAAAUGCAAAAAAACAAAUAGAGGAACUUCAGCAUGAAAAGGAUCAACUUGUAGUAAAUGUUGAAACAUUAAGGGCUGAAAAUGACCAAGUGAGACUCAGAGCCACAUCACUUCAUCAUAGGUACCAGCACUUAAUUCUAGUUCACCGACCCGAUUUCCGAUACCCAAUGACACCUUCAUCUGUGGCUGACAGUCAUACAGACUCCUAUGGCACCUCCUCAGUGUUAAGGCGCCCCCAGAAGGGACGUGUGGCAGCUCUCAGAGAUGAACCUUCAAAGGUUCAAACUCUGAACGAGCAGGAUUGGGAGCGAGCCCAGCAAGCAAGUGUGUUGGCAAAUGUGGCCCAAGCGUUUGAAAGUGAUGUUGAUGUGUCUGAUGUUGAGGAUGAUAGGGAAACUAUAUUCAGUUCAGUUGAUCUGCUGUCACCAAGUGGUCAGGCUGAUGCUCAGACUUUGGCCAUGAUGCUUCAAGAACAGUUGGAUGCCAUCAACAAAGAGAUUAGGCUUAUACAAGAAGAAAAGGAAAACACAGAGCAACGUGCAGAGGAGAUUGAGAGCAGAGUGGGUAGUGGAAGUUUGGAUGCCCAUGGCCGAUUACGGUCCAUGAGCUCCAUUCCUCCUCCCUAUGCAAGUGGUUCUCUUGCUGGUUCCUCCCCGCCUGGCAGUGGUCGCUCCACCCCAAGGCGGAUUCCACAUAGUCCAGCUCGGGAAGUGGACAGACUAGGUAUCAUGACACUGCCUAGUGAUUUAAGGAAACACCGUAGAAAGUCUCCAGCUUCUAGAGAAGAGGUACGAGAUGAUAAAACUACAAUAAAAUGUGAGACAUCACCACCUUCUUCACCUCGAUCUUUGCGUUUGGACAGAGUCCAAAAAGGAGCUUUGCAUACAGUGAGCCAUGAAGAUAUCAGGGAUAUUAGAAAUUCAACAGGCUCGCAAGAUGGGCAAACAAGUAAUCCGAGUAGCAGUAAUAGUAGCCAAGAUUCCCUUCAUAAAGCCCCCAAAAAGAAGGGGAUCAAAUCCUCUAUUGGCCGCUUAUUUGGCAAGAAAGAAAAGGGACGACCUGGACAAACAAGCAAGGAAAUGUUAGGACAAGGGGGCAUGGCAGAAGCAGACGGUUCCUCUCAGGAUGCAUUAGGUCUCAGCAAGCUUGGAGGUCAGGCAGAAAAAAACAGGAAAAUGCAGAAAAAGCAUGAGUUGCUGGAGGAAGCCAGAAGACAAGGUUUGCCUUUUGCGCAGUGGGAUGGGCCUACUGUGGUGGUGUGGUUGGAGCUGUGGGUUGGGAUGCCAGCCUGGUACGUGGCUGCUUGCCGAGCAAAUGUGAAAAGCGGUGCUAUCAUGUCAGCCUUGUCUGAUACAGAAAUACAGCGUGAAAUUGGGAUUAGUAACCCUCUGCACAGACUGAAGCUGAGGCUGGCCAUUCAAGAAAUCAUGUCACUAACAAGUCCGUCUGCUCCUCCCACCUCAAGGACGACCACGGGAAAUGUCUGGGUAACACAUGAAGAAAUGGAAAAUCUUACAGCCACCCAACAAACGGAGGAUGAGGAGGGAAGCUGGGCUCAG